GUGUCUGUCAACAAACUGAUCACUGUCGUGAGUAUAUAACACACCUUCUUCAUUCCAACCUUGAAAAAACUAAAAAGGCGAUUAGUUAAUUUUUUCUCCUCUACUUUACAUUCGCAUCUGUAAACCUCUCAAUGGACGUUUUGUGUCGGAAAUUGUCCAGUCUCCGUUUGUGCCUGGGAACCAUCUUUGUCGGGGUAGUGUUCUGUUUCACUUUCAUCAGUUUUUUACACCCGUGGACACCCCAUCCUCUGCGGCGAAAAGUGCCCAUGCGAGGGAAUGAUCUCUUUAAUGAUAACCAGUUUGCUGAAGAGAUGGAUCAACAAUGGAAAGCGGAGUACGACGCUCGGGUUCGGAGAGUGCGUGGAAUUUGUGACAAGAAUGAACUCGUCGCCAAGCGCAGAAUUUGGCGAGUGGCGACAAACCGGCUAUUUGGCAAGGAAACGUUCUGCGAUGAUAAAAUGUGCCCCAUCAUCGUCGACGAAAAGAAGGUUCUUUUCUACUGCUUCAUUCCGAAAGUAGCCAUGACGGAAAUUAAAAGAUUCUUUCUCAACAUAUCGGACAUACACAUCAAUGAACUCGCCCAAGAGAACGAUACCGCUCUCCACAUUGUGGCCAAUAAUGCCCUCAGGCGAAUCAGUCCUACGUACUACCCAUCCACAACCGUCAACAGGUUCUUCAAAAUGAUAUUCGUUCGCCACCCUUUCGAUCGCCUCGUGUCGGCUUUUCGUAGCAAAGCAGAGAAAUCCCGAAAAGAUGUCCCUUAUUUCUAUGACAGAUUUUGGGACCCCGUGAUGAAAAAACUAAGGCCAGACGGUGCACCUCUAGAUCGCAUCACUUUCACCGAAUUUGUCUGGUACUUGAUCCAUACUAAGGUGAGAGACUAUGACGAACAUUGGGCUCCGUACUGGUACAGGUGCGAUCCUUGCUUAGUGGACUAUGACUUUAUUGGAAAGCUGGAGACGGCCCAACAUGAUUUUCCCUACGCUUUCCGACAGGUGGGCAUCGAUGCUGGAGCUGAAUGGUGGAAGGAGAGCUACCCGCAUCCACAUUCGUUAACUUUAAAGUACUUUUCAAACAUACCUGAAAAAGACAUUCUUAAAUUGUACGGAAUAUAUAAAUUUGAUUUUGAACUUUUUGACUAUACAAUUGAAGAGUUUUUGCACAAAAAGGUCAGUUAUAAUGCUUGAUGUUGGCAAAUUUAGGAGAGAAAAUGAAUGAAAACUUUUCAAAGAUA